UUUUUUUUUGUUGUUUGUUUGGCAAGAAUGGCAGCAAGAACACUAAAACACACCCACAGUACAGUCCAGCUCUUCACUUCAACACCAAAUCAUCGGGCAACUUGCAAAGCAGCAUCUGAGGAUGGACAAGCUUUUAUCGGUGACUGAAGAUUAUGGCUACUUUCAGAGUGACAGCUCUGAAAUGCCCGAGAUGCCAGAGAUGUGUGAAAGCAGCAGUGCCCAGGAGCUCCAAAUCAAGGUGUUCCAGAUGUGCAUCUUCAUAGUGGUCUUCCUCCUAGGGUUGCUGGGUAACUUCCUAGUGAUCGCCACCUACGCCCUGUACCGCCGUUUCCGCCUGCGAUGCAUGACCGACGUCUUCCUGCUCCACCUGGCCAACUCGGACCUCCUGCUGGUGCUCACCAUGCCCUUCCAGGCCGCCGACACGCUGCUGGGCAGCUGGGAGUUCGGCACGCAGCUCUGCAAGGCCACCCGCGGCCUCCACGCCGCCAACACCUACAGCGGGCUGCUCCUGCUGGCCUGCAUCAGCGUCGACCGCUACGUGGUCAUCGUGUGGGCGCAGGCGGCGCACCGGCUGCGCAGGCGGAUGCUGCUCUGCAGCAAGCUGGCUGCGCUGGGCGUGUGGGCCGUCUCCGCGCUCCUCAGCCUGCCCGAGAUCGUCUUCGCCGGCGUGGACGUCAGGCCCGACGGGGGCGGGGCGCAGUGCGAGAUGAACGUGUGGAUACGGGAGAGCUGGCGGGUCAAGGCGGCCACCCGGGGGGCUCAGAUCGCGGGCUUCUGCCUGCCCUUCCUGGUGAUGCUCUUCUGCUACGGCACGAUCGGCCGCACCCUGAUGCGGGGGCGGGGCUGGAAGCGGCAGCGCACCCUGAGGCUGAUGGCGGCGCUGGUGCUGGUGUUCCUGUUCUUCCAGCUCCCGUACACCGCGCUGCUCUCGGUGAAGGCGGCCGGCCCGCCCGAGACCUGCGCCCAGUGGGGGCACCUCCUGCUGGCCGAGUACACCACGCGCAGCCUGGCCUACACCCGCUGCUGCCUCAACCCGCUGCUGUACGCCCUGGUGGGCGUGCGGUUCCGCAAUGACGUCAAGAAGCUGCUCCGGCACAUGGGCUGCUUGUGGGCCUCCCGACUGGGCUCCACCGCCGACAGCAGUUCCUCCGGCUGCCCUGGGUCGCCACCGCCCACCUCCAUCACCUGCUCUCCUACCUCCAUGUCGCCCGCCGCCAAAGGCCCCCGCUACUUCAGCUCCUCGACAGCAUUUAACUAUCCCGAGCCUCUGCUGCCGCCCGCUCCAUAGUCCUGAGCCCCUGAUUCCCACUAAACCUCCUGGCAUGCUAAGCAAAGCUGCCCCAUUCUGCAGCCCCAUCACUCUUUAAAGCACCUUUGUGGCAGUUCUCUAAAAAGCGCUAUACAAAAAAAAAUUGAAUUCAACUCUGUCCAUCAUCUCAAACAGAUGUUUGCCAAAGCAGAAAAGAGCAUUAUGUAUCAUAUUUAUUCUGUUUAUUAUGUAAGAACAAGUAAGAAUCCGAUGCUGUGGCCUUGUUAUUCUCCCAGAGGUUCUGUCAAAAUGUGUACAUAUUUUUUUUAGGAAAUAAAUCAGCAUUUUAAUUUUUUUUAAAAGAGGUUUAUUUCUUUCUUAGUAUGAAUAAAUAAAGUGUAUGUUUCUGUUAUGAUUCUUUCAAUCGAAUAUCUUACUGGCAGCCAUCAUUUGAAGGAACAUGACUGGGGCGACCCUGCCUUCAGGGAGAACAGACGCUAAGGAAAAACUGCAUGUGUGUAUGUGUCAUGGAGUUAUGGCUUUGUCUCUCUGGUGCUCUAUAGUAGAAAAGCACAACGUUUAUGUCCAUUGUCUUCAAGGCCCAUUGCUGUAACAGCAAGGAUGUAUAGAGGUGACGGCUGACCUGCCUGUUCCACUGAGCGCCUGUCAUGCAAAAAGCCCACCGCUGCCACA